CCGAAAUUGAAGAAGGAGGUGUAUGCAUGAUGAAAAAGAGUAAGCUGCAGCAUUUUAUUGAUACUGCAGUUUCCGCAGGGAGGUGCGGCUUUGUUCCAAUCUUUUCUGCAGAGAAUGUUGGUCGCUGUGGAAGAUCUUCACGACUACGACAGACAAGUAAAUAUACACUGGAGCUCCAUGCACAAAAACAAAAAGCGAAGCACUUCAACUGCUCUACACAGUCGUGAUGGUGAUGAUCCGCAACUCCACCUGUGCACGAUGCUGAUCUCUAUUUCAAUUUAUACUCAUGUUAGAGUCAUUUGGGAUCAAAGCGCGGGGACCCAUUUUUACGAGAAUAAAAUCGAAAUACAAAAUCAUGGAGCAUGCGUUUUUGUGCCUGUGGAUGCAAAUUUUAGCACAUAUUUCAUUGAGGUGGAGAUGCAAUUUCAUGGGACAGCAGCAACUCUAUCCUUUUCUAUUUACCGACAACUGCUGACGGAUAAAAUUGGAAUUCCAAAUGUGAUUAACAGGAACAGGUAGGAGCAGGAGCAAGGCACAAGAGCAACAGGAGCACGCUGUUGCUACUGAUGCGCACGAAUAUGAGUAUGGAGAAGAUGUAGAAGAUGAAGAGUUAGAAGAUGGAGCAUCAGUGAUCGUAGUCCGAAUUGACAAAGUAAGAUAUGAUAACUUGAGAAAAAAAAACCAUUGGCAUUAUAGCAACCGAAACUAUAAGUAUAACUACACUGAAUCUCCUCCUAGUAUCCUGGUACGCAACCAAUGUCCGACUCCGACGAAGGCAACCCCUUUCUUGGCGGCGGACCAAACCCAUUUGCAGGUGGCGUGGGGCUGGGAGGUGGCAAGUCUUCACAUGCCUGGGAAGGCGAAUCUUCGGAAGAGGAUGAGCGUCCGGCGAAGCGGACUAAGCUAUUUACCUCCGGCGGCAGUCACGGCAUGAAAUUCGUGAAGAAGGAGACCAUUCAGCCGAAGGAAAUUCCAAAAGCCACAAUCCACAUGAAAGACAGCGAAG